AUGCACAUCCAGGUCGAGGAGCGUGUGUUUUCUUCCAUUGCAGAUUCAAGUGGAUGUCUUGGUUGUGCGCUUGUGGCAGGUGAUUCCAACGUACAUCGUAUCCAAGCAGCGAUUCCAAAUUGGUCCACUAUUCGAUGCCUCCCAGUAUCAGGAGCCAAGUUUGUGAAUGACAAGAAGGGAUUUGUGGCAGUUCUGCAGCUUUCAUUGAAGAAGGAGUUUUACCCAUGUGUCUAUAUUCAUCUUGGCUCCAAUGAUGUUCAAGCCAGAGAGGAUGUGUUUUAUAGGAGAGUCACUGAGGUAUGUGAUAGUAUCCACGAGACGAGUCCGGAAACUGAGAUUGUUUUAUGUUCUAUUCUGCCACGAAAAAAGAAUGACAGACGAGUAUCUUCAACAUUAGCGAGAGUCUUCAACAGAUGGAUCCAGAAUGCUAACACCAUGCUAAUGGACAUUUCAGAGGCCAUCCCAUACAUCAGAUUCCUUGGAUAUGGAGCUCAGGAAUGUGCUGAUGUGUUGGGUCGUGAUGGACUUCAUCUGAGUCGUGUUGGUGGUAGACAUUGUAGUCAGGUGAUUGAGGAGGAUGUGUAUUCCUGGAGUGAAAUAGCCUAUCAGCAGGAUGUACAUUGGAAUGAAGACAUACGCCAACCACAUUCAGCAGAGAUUGAUGCAUCAAGCUUUGACCAGUGCCUGGCAGCUGCUGUUGAACCAGUCAGUGACCAGAAUGUCCAGGCCAGCAAGCAGCCUCUGUACUCGGAAAUAGUCCGUUUGCCAGCAGCUGAAGUUCCAGAUGUUACCUCAGUGCAGCAUAAUGUGAAGUUACCAAGGCGCAAUGUAUUGAAUGUCUCUGUUGAUGAAUGUGCUAGAUCAGCCAGACCAUGUAACCACAGAUCAAACAAACAUGGAAGGGCAAGGCGAAGAAAAUUUACGCAACACAGACAGCUGAAAGUUCAAAGAUCUGAGCAGUAUAAAGAUCACGUUGAAAUUCCGUUGACAUCUGAUGUAACGGUAAAGGUGAAGGCAGACAAUGUACAUAGCAUCUGGAUGUGCCCGAAAGAAGACGCCAUUACCACAAAGAAGCGCCUACCUGUCUGCUCUACAAUGACUGGAGUUAAGAAGAUAAACAAGCAGACAUGGUUUGACUGCCCCCUAUGCCCAGUGAAGUGUUCUAGAGAAGAUUUCCUACUGGACCAUUUCUGUCGACGCCAUGUACCUGGAGGGACCAAAUACAAGAAGAACACUGACAAUUCUUUCUGUCAUCGGAAAUCAACGAAGAGCAGCAGAAGUCAGCCAAACUCGAAGAGCACCAUUUCAACAUCCAGCCUGAACCCUGUAGAAAAAACUUCACCUCCCCAUCAAGAUGAAUUGGAUAUCGCAGAUCACGCCGAUUUCUCCAAAUUAAAAUUACUUUUAUCAAAUGAUGUUGAGCAAAAUCCUGGACCUACCUAUCACUGUGAAUGGAAUAAUUGUGGAUUCAUCGGGCUAACAACAACCAGAAUGGGACAACACCUGCGACAACAUGGACGAGAAGAGCAAUGCAAAUGGGCGCAAUGCAAUGGAUUUCAGCGAACGAGCUACGAAGACCUGGAGUUACACAUUAUACACGACCACUUCUUUGAUGACAGAAUCACCUUUCCUUCCCUAGAUGAUUGGCUGGAAUAUCUCCCAGAAAAAAGAAUCGACCCAGAAACCACUGAUUUACGCUUCUGUCCAAAACACCUGAGAAGCAAGCUGAAGUUGUUACUGUUUGAUGAGGACUACCUGGACAUGCCGACAAACAAAUCCUACACAAUGAGCGACCACCUGUGUACACUGGAUUUUGAAAGUAAUCAUUAUACUAAAAAUUUCUUAAAUAUUGAGAAAAAAUUUAUUGAAAAAAGACUUUUGUUAGGUGAAGACUGGUCAGAUUAUAAUGGUAAAUUUGAGGAAAAUGACACUGAUUCACUUUUAAGUCCAGAUCCAAAAGUCCGCAAGCACAGGCAGUUCCAUGGUGGAAAAUAUCAAUUCCACUUUGUCCAAACUUCACGUCCUGAAUUAAGUUCAAAUUCUCAUUCUGGAACUAAGCCUACAAUGCUGAAUAUCUGUACAUCCGCUAUGUUGAGUCUGGAGUGUAUGCUGGCCUAA